AAAUAAUACAAAUGUUCAAAUACUUGGAUAAAUAUGUUGAGUAUGAGACAAUAGGGAGAGGCAGUUAUGGUAGAUCAAAUGAUAAAGUUUAGGAUCUGCACAUUUGGUACGUUCAAAGUCAGACUAGUAAGUAUAUGUGGCCAAGAAAAUUCAAUUAUUCAAUCUAAAAUCAAAAGAACAAGAUGAUUCAAAAAGAGAAGUUGAUGAGUUCAUUUUAAUUAUUAGGUGAUGCUUUUGUAAAAGUUGAAACAUCCUCACAUAGUACAAUAUAUAGAAAGUUUCAAUGAGAAUGAUACUCUUAUAAUAAUCAUGGAAUAUUGUGAAGGUAAUAAAUUUAUUUAAUAAAUUAGAGGGAGACUUAUCAUUUCAUAUUAAUAGAAUGAGUCAAAGAAAAGAAUACUUCCCAGAAUAAAUUAUAUUGAAUUGGUUUCUUUAAUGUGCCCUUGCUCUCAAAUAUAUUCAUGAAUAGAAAAUCUUACAUCGAGAUAUCAAGAGUUAAAACAUCUUUCUAUCAUCUAAUGGAUUUGUUAAGAUUGGUGAUUUUGGAAUCUCAAGAGUCUUAGAACAUACUUAAGAUUAAGCUAAUACUGUAGUAGGAACCCCUUAUUAUAUGAGGUAGUAUCAUUUUAUAUACAAUUCUUUAGUCCAGAAGUUUGUGAAAAUAAACCUUAUACUUAUAAAAGUGAUGUAUGGUCACUUGGCUGUGUUUUAUAUGAACUUUGCAAUUUAUCUCAUGCAUUUAAAUCUAACAAUCUUUUAGGUUUAGUUAAUAGGAUUGUUAAAGAAUAAGCUUCUGCUAUCCCAUCACAUUACUCUAAAGAAUUAGCUGAUCUAAUUAAUAAACUUUUAAUUAAAAAUGCAGAUCAAAGACCUCAUACUUCCGAAAUAUUUAAUUUCCCUCUUAUCAGAAAUACUAUGCAAUAAUUUGUUGCAAUCUAAGGCAAAGUUCAAUAUCAAGCACCAAUCAAAAGAACCAAUACACAUAAUUAAAUUGGAAAAAUGAUCAAAUAAGAAGAAACUACCCUAGUCAACUCCAACACUAUUUAUGAUAAUACUAUCGAUACUGUUUAAUCUAUCGAUUUCAGUUAAUUAACUCCUUAAUAAAGAUUGUAAAUGAAAAAAGAAGAAAAAAUACAAAGGGAAUAAAGAGAAUUAGCAUAAGCCACUAAAUAAAGUUUUGCUUAAUAAUAAGCCAGUUAACAAAGAAAAAUUUAAGAUCUUUAAGGUGGUUAAUCACUUAAUUACAAUCAAAAAAAAAAACAAUAAUAAUAAUAUCAUGAAGAAUUACAAAGACAAUAAUAAUUUAAAUUAUAAGAAUCUUAAUCAAACACAAAAAAACCAUAAUAAUAACUUCAAACUAUGAAUAAAUCUAAUAUGUACAACUAUGAUGAAACCUUAGUAAGCCAAUAUGAAAAAACUUCACUAAUGGUAUUUCUUAUUAUUUCCUUUAGAUGUAAAAUGAAUCAAAAAAGUACAAUGAUACUUUUAAAAAAGAACUAGAAUAGUUUGAUAAAACUGUUGAUUCUGAAAUGUGUCAAUCUACUUAUGAUAACACUACUUAACCACCAGAAAAAACAGUCACUAAAUCUUAAUUAGAUAGAUUUACUACUAAUUAUGAAAAAAAAGAAUUCUCUGUAACUUAACAAUAUCAAGAUGAAGAGUUUGAAGAAUACAAUAGUGAUGAAGAUAAUGAAGUCAUCAAUCAUAGACUUACUGUUAAGUAAGGAGACAGUGAGAUUUAAGAAGUCCUCCAAUUAUAUAAAAUUUAAAUGGAUUAAACUGUCAAAAAAUCAUAAUGUAAUAAGCUUGAAGGUAUUUCUUGAUUUAUAAUUUAGACAUCUAAGAAACCAGUUAAGAGAGUUGGAAUUCAUCUUCUGCUUCACCAUAAAAAGUUCCCGUCAAUAAUGACGAUAGAAUCCAAAUCUUAAGAAAAAAAGCUAUUGCUACCAUGGGGUCUGACCUCUUUAAUAAAGCCUAUCAAUUUAUGAGUCAUCAUUUAUCUAAAGGAACUGGAAGUGCAGAUGUAAUUAUAUAAUUUAAUAAUCAGAUUCGUAAAAACCUAGAGGAAAUAGUUGGCAAAAGUAGAAUGGGAGAUUGCAUGUUGAUAGAUGAAAUAUUAUAUUAUGAGAAUUAUUCUAAAUGACAAUAAUUAUAAUUAAAUUACAC